CGUGUAUGCCCACUAUGAGGCUUAGGGUGAAAAAUUUGUAAUCGAAAAAUAGCAACAAAUAAAUGAAUGAAACUUUUUGGAAGCAUUAAAAUGAGAUACUAAAUUAUACUGACCGUCACAUAGCCAUCGCAAGUGAAAAUUACUAAGUGUGAAGUGUUAAGAGUUGCUGCCAGCAGCUGAGCUGCAGUGUAGCAACUUUAGUGUUACUGGGUACGUUAGAUGGAAAGGGGCAAGGGCUGAGAUAGCUUCGAUUUGUAAUUCAAUUACGGGCACACACACAUAAAAUAAAAAGCCGAUAUUGGACAUGGUUUUCAUACGCGAUCCCUGUGGCAUUGUCUGCCUGAUUUUCACCUAUGGCGCUGUUAUCUAUGCGGAUUAUGUGGUCAUGCGCUGGAUUAUACUGACAACCAUGCCACUGAGUAUCUGGGCGCCCUUCCACGUUGUGCUCUUUAACACGAUCAUCUUCCUGCUUGGCAUGUCGCAUUUGAAGGCAGUUUUCUCAGAUCCGGGUAUUGUGCCGCUGCCCGCCAAUCGCUUGGACUUCUCCGAUCUACAUACUACGAACAACGGUACAAAACAGAUAUCCGGCAAUGGCCAUGGCAACGAAUGGACUGUGUGCACCCGUUGCGAGACCUACAGGCCACCACGGGCCCAUCAUUGUCGCAUAUGCAAGCGCUGCAUACGCCGUAUGGACCAUCAUUGUCCGUGGAUCAACAAUUGUGUGGGCGAACGCAAUCAAAAGUAUUUUCUGCAAUUUCUCGUCUAUGUGGGUAUUCUUUCCCUUUAUUCCAUGGCGCUGAUACUCGGCUCUUGGGUAUCGCCCUGCACGGAAUGCAGUCAAAAUGUAAUUGAUUCGCAGCUACGCAUGAUUCACUCCGUCAUAUUGCUGCUGGAAUCGGCGCUGUUUGGACUGUUUGUGACAGCAAUAAUGGUAGAUCAGCUGCAUGCCAUUUUGUACGAUGAGACGGCCGUUGAGGCGAUACAGCAGAAGGGUGCCUAUCGGCCGAACCGACGUAAAUAUCAACUGUUGGCAGAUGUAUUUGGCCGCGGCCAUCCGGCGCUUUGGCUGCUGCCCUGCGCUAGUCUAAAUCACGCCGCACGCUAUCACGACACCCCGCUGCUCAGCCACGAUGUUUAGAAGGCGUGUGAUAAAUACUAUUAUUUUUUCUGAAGCUCCCACCCAGCUGUCCCCAUAACUCUUACCUUGACUCCAAGCUACAAAAUUGCUUGUGUGUAUUAUAUGCAAAUUCCAAUGGCUAAUUAACACUUUAGUUAAUAAUUAAUUAUUGCACCAGGCGAGCCAAAACAUACUCAACAGAAACUCAAUAUUUUUUUAAAAGAAACUAGUUUUUUCAUAAACAUACGUAGAUCAGAUAAUUAGCUAUAUAUAAAUAUAUAAAUGUGUGUAAAAAAAAAACAGAUAACAAACUAACAUUCAAGCAUUUAAGAGCAAACAAAUUCAUAUACCAAAAACAUAAACAUUAAUGCCAGGCAAUUGUGUAUGCGGUAAUAGCUCGUAUUAUUUAUAAGGCGUAAUUAGUUUGAUUGUAAACAAUGCAAAAUAUGUUGUUUUAACUAUUGUAAUUUUUGUUUAUUCGCUUAAUUUUAUAUCGGUCAAGUUCAACAUAUUUUAAUAACAGUUCGAUUUAUGCUGGAAUGACACUCGCAAUUAAGUGUGAACACUAGCCUGUACGAAAAAUGCAUAUUGAAAUAAUAAUAGUAACCCAAAAAGAGUCGUGCUACAACAAUUAUACGUUUAUAAAUUUUACAAAUUUUUUGAUACCACAUUUCGAACAAUAUGUUAACUUUUUCAAUUGUCCAUUGAAUUUGAAAACUAGCAAGUGUCAUUGCAGCUUAUCCAACUGAAACUGAUCUAAAGAACGCCUUAAUAUGCAAUUAUGUAAAAAGCAAAGAAUCCAAUUUGAGAAUUAAGCGAAUUGUUUCUAUUGAACAGGCAACUCUCUCGAUGGUCUCAAGAAGCCACAAAGCCAAUACAUAUGCGUAUCCUCAACUAUGUGUAUAGUUUGCAAUAAAUUUAAUGAUAUACAUAUGAAUAAGUACAAA